GCGAAAUUCCAAACCCUAAACGCUACGUUAAUAUCUGUUGUCUUCUCUCUCUCGAUCCCGAAACUCUGUCACCUCCGGUGGCGCGUGAGGGAUUUCAACGGCGCGUGAAGAUCUCUUUGGCGCGUGAUUUCUAAUUUACCACUGACUCAUGCCUUGUUCGACCUGCAUUGGGAAACUCAUGCCGGAGCCACGCUGGAAUCUCACCGAACGGCCGUGAUUUUGCACCUCUAUGGCUUCCGCCGUUCUAGCAAACCGGAACGAACCUAAUUGGCCCCAGCAUAGAGGUGGUGGAGCAGGAUUCAUGGGAAAAGUGCCUUUCUCUAACAGUAACCCUAACCCUAACCCUAAAUUUGGGAACAGCAAGAGGACCCAAACGGCGUCCGAUGAUGCUUCCUCCAUCAACCGGCGAUCGAACGAUGUCAAUAACUCCCAGUAUGUGACAUUCAACGUCGCAUCGUACACGAAGAAGGAUCUGAAUGACCUCAAGAAUCGCCUCGUCUUGGAGCUCGAACAGAUUCGGAAACUCAAGAGUCGAAUCGAGUCUGGCGAGUUUCAACCUGGACAGAGCUUCAACGGCCAACCCAAGAAAUCGACGAACAAAAAGAUUUCCGGCAACAAGCGUCCCUUGCCGUUGAAUUCCGCGAAGGAUUUGAAACGGUCGCAUUCGGAUGUUGGGAACUUGAUGAAGGGUUGUGCCCAGGUUUUGCAGAAGCUGAUGAAACACAAACAUGGGUGGAUCUUUAAUGUUCCCGUUGAUGCUGUCGGGAUGGGUCUUCACGAUUACUACGAUAUAAUUAAGCGACCCAUGGAUCUAGGUACCGUGAAAUCGAAUCUCGCCAAGAACAUGUACGCGACCCCUUCGGAUUUUGCGUCUGAUGUGCGAUUGACGUUUAACAAUGCACUGACCUAUAACCCCAAGGGUCACGAUGUGUACACCAUGGCGGAGCAGCUUCUUGCGAGGUUUGAAGAACUGUAUCAGCCGUUGCAUGAGAAAUCUGAAGAAUGGACGAGACAAGAUCGCGAUUAUGACGAGGAAUUGCAGGCCAGUUCGUGGAACCAUGUUGAGCCGGAGAGGGUCAGGAAGAAGGAGACUACGAUUCCUCCUACGAAGUUGUUACAAGAGCCACCGCAAGCCCCCCCUGCAAGUUCUUCCAACCCUCCGCUGUUGCAGUCUCCGGUUCGCACGCCUUCCCCUAUGCGAGCCCCUCCAGUGAAGCCUUUGAAGCAACCCAAGCCAAAGGCCAAGGACCCGAAUAAGAGGGAGAUGAGUCUUGAGGAAAAACACAAGUUGGGAAUUGGGUUGCAGAGUUUGCCUCCAGAGAAAAUGGAACAGGUGGUGCAGAUCAUAAGGAAGAGGAAUGGGCAUUUGAAGCAGGAUGGGGACGAGAUCGAGCUAGAUAUUGAGGCUGUUGACACAGAGACCCUUUGGGAACUUGAUCGAUUGGUUACUAAUUGGAAGAAGAUGGUGAGCAAGAUUAAGAGGCAGGCACUAAUGAGCAAUAUCAAUAACAAUAUGGCAUCAAGCAAAAGCAAUGGGGAAUUGCCUGCUAGUGAGAAGAUUGAUGCUGUGCCAGUUGACGCGAAGAAGCCAAAGAAAGUGGAAGCAGGGGAUGAGGAUGUUGACAUCGGGGACGAGAUGCCAAUGAGUAUGUUCCCCCCUGUGGAGAUUGAGAAAGAUAAAGAUGUCGUUGGAGGCCAUGCAAGUAGUAGUUCUAGUAGCUCGAGCGGUUCAAGUAGUGAUUCCUCGUCGUCAAGUGAUUCGGAUUCAGGGAGUUCCUCGGGGAGUGAUUCUGAAGCAGACAAUGGGCACUCGUAGAAGCCAGGGUUUUUGGAACUAAUGGUCAAACAAGAUCAAUGCGGGUAGGCGGAUGAAGAAAAUGUUUGCUUCAUUUGGCUUCCCUUGAGGGUGCGGCUCGAAUGUAUGCACGAGGUGGUAUGACCAUUGUUGGCUGGUUCAGCGUGGGAGUAGCUGAUUGGAUUUUGGUGCUGAGCCCCCCUGCUCGAGGAUUUGUGGUGUGAGAUAGAUGUAAAUUGGUUCCGGAAACUAAGAGUUAAUCAAAAGCAAUUUGUAGGCAGAAGGUAGACUGAAAUGUGGUGAAAAUCCUUUAGGAUAGAUGCGUUAAAGAUUAGGAAUAGAACGGAGAGAAUUAGUGUUUUUUGAGUUUUAUCUUGUACACAUUACAACAGUAAAUAGAUGGAUGAUCCUCUUUGAAGAAGGCCUUUUGUGGAGCUAUGCUUUAAAAAAAUUUCGUUUUGUAUUGUAUCAAGGACUAGCAAGAUCGUACUUUACCAAGGAAAUUAUGAAAAGAAA